AAUUAUCCUACCAAUUUGUAACAAACAACCUCUUUCUUCGUUCUCUCAUAUAUAAACCUAAAUUUGACAAUCAAAAUGACAAUACAAAAUUUCGUCGUCAACUUCAUUAAUGCAGUUGCUGAGGAGUUUCUAGUUUCCUUUUAAUUAAUUACCACUGCACAAAUAGAAAAGAAGAAGUUCAGUUACUUUCCUGCAUUCUGAAAAGGAAAAUGGAAAGGGAAUUAGAAGGAGUGGUGGUGAGGGGACGUGUGGAGAUCGACAUGCGGCAGCCUUUUCGAUCGGUGAAGGAAGCAGUUAUGUUGUUCGGGGAAAAGGUGUUGGCUGGAGAGAUACAUGCUAAGCAGCUUAAAGAGGUGCAGACAAAGGCAAGUGGUGGACAAAACCAACCCAAAUUUGGAGGAGCAGUAAGAGUUGAGCUUGAAGAGACAAAACAAAGCCUCCAGAAAGCUAAAGAAGAAGGAACAUUUAUGGCCCAUUGCCUUCAAUCUCUUAAAGAAGAGCUGGAACAGACAAGAAGAGAGAUACAACAAUUGAAGACAAGAGAACCCCAACACAAAGUACCAUUAGUGAUGAUGGAUCCAGAGAUUGAAGAGCUAAAAUUCAUUGAGCAACCAUCAUCAAAAGUUGAAGCCAAAAUACAAACUGUAGAGGAAGAUGAUGAGGAGCAGAUCGAGUUCCAGAAAAAGAGAUCUGUCAAGUUUGCUAGUCCCCCUCUGCUUACUAAGGUCAUUGCUGUCAACAAGGAAGAUGUUAAGAAAGAAUGUGAGACUAGUCCUUCACAGCUCAAGAAGAAAUUGAAGAGGAAGCCUUUAAUCCCUUUAAUUGGUGCCUUGUUUUCCAAGAAGGGAAAUCAGGAAAAUGCAUGAAACUUAAAAGUCCUAAACCUUGUUCCCCUGAGUACCUCUGAUGAGCAUAGAAGAAACAUGCAAUGAUCGAUAUACAGCUUCUGGCCUUCUUUUGAAUAAGGAAUUAAAUACUGUAGUAGAGUGUACUACUAUACUAUUUUGUUAGCUUUAACUCAAUGCCUAUCAUCAAAUUAUUAGUCAUUCUCUUUUUGAUUUUUUCAUUCAAUUA